AUGUCUCUCGCCCAGCAUGUUACCGCAUUCGAGGGCGUCGACCGAGAAAGUCCAUUCCUAGAUGAUGAUGAUUGCGAUGUCCGGAGCGAGCCGCGGUGGCGUCGAUUGAGCUUCGACGCUUUUGCGCCCACCGAUCCCCUGGCCUUUGUUGAAGUCGUUGAUCCUGUUCCGCACAUUGCCGCGUACAAGAUCUCCCCAGCUAGGCGUAUAGUCCAGGUUGCUUUCGCUGUCCUUAUUUGCUGCCUUGCUUCCGGUAUCGUCUUUGGCUAUGCCUCUCUGAAGCCAGUUCUUAUAGCAGAAGGCGUCUAUAGAGAACUAUGCUCUUCAACCAAUGCGACCGAAGAUGAUCAAGACCCCUUUGAGGUGCCUUGCACGGAGCAGGAUCUCCGUCUCAACCUGUUCUUCGUUGCGGCCUCCAUCACUACCAACGUUUCGUCCCUGUUUGCUGGUGCAUCCUUGGAUCGAUUCGGGCGGCGAGUCUGCUACAUUGCUUCUUCCCUCUUCAUCAUUGUCGGUUGUUUGCUGAUGGGCUAUGCAUUCGCCAUUCCCGAGUUUGAUGGUUAUCUAGUGGGCAAUAUCUUUCUGGCCUUGGGUGGAACAUUCCUCUUUGUGCCUAGUUUCCAACUCGCCAACGCGUUUCCCAAACACAGCGGACUUGUCGUGGCUGUAAUCACUGGCGCGUUUGACGCUUCUGCUGCCGUCUUUCUGUUUUAUCGGCUGGCCUGGGAAGCUACCAGCCAUCGGUUUGAGCCAUCGCAAUUCUUCUUUGCCUACAUUGGAGUGGCCGUGAUCAUGCUCAUUGGAGAGUUUGCCUUGAUGCCCAAGGGCGAGUAUCAUACAACACCAGAGCUGGAGCACAAGAUUGAGAAAGCACAAGACACCAUGCGGGAUAUGCAUGAUUCGGACCAAGAACUGAGCGACGGAGAAUUGGAACGGGUUCGCAGCCACCGUGCUGAUACCCGCCAAGCCAAGCUGGAUCGUCUCGAGGAUCUCAUUGGAGACGCUGACCAGAGAGAAGAGAGAGCGCAGAUUCAGGAGGAGCGACACGUGGUCAGCGGCGUCUGGGGCGUGCUCCACGGCCUUCCUGCCCACAAGCAAAUGCUUACCCCUUGGUUCAUUCUCAUCCUCCUUCUAACGGUACUGCAGAUGCUCAGAAUGAACUACUUCAUCGCCACCAUCCGUGCCCAAUACCGCUACAUGCUGAGCUCGGAAGAGUACGCUGUGGCAAUCAAUGACUUUUUCGACAUUGCCUUGCCCGUUGGCGGUAUCGCCGCUACUCCCUUCAUUGGCAUGCUACUCAAUAACAUGAGUGUCGCCACUGUCCUUGCUGUCCUCACCGGCUAUAUUGCGUUGAUCGGAGUUCUGAACUGCCUACCGUUUGUCUGGGCCGGCUAUGCGACUGUGAUCAGUUUCGUUCUGUUUCGCCCGCUUUACUACUCGGCUGUAUCUGACUAUGCCACCAAGGUGUUUGGCUUUGCCACAUUCGGUCGUGUAUACGGUAUGAUCACCUGCCUUAGUGGGCUGGUGAAUUUUAGUCAGUCUGGACUUGAUGCCCUCACGCAUGGACCUCUAAAUGGUGAUCCUACCCCUAUCAAUGCUGUCAUGGGCGUGCUGGGUACGAUAAUAGGCAUAGCAAUCACCAGCUAUGUCUACAUCAAGGGUAGGGACUUUGAAGUUGAAGUUCACCACGAGGAUGCUCCCGCUCUGGAGCGCAUGCCGUUGAUUCGCGAAAAUUCUGCCGAGUACGGCACGCAAGGUUGA